AUGUCUUCCAAAGAGAGCCCCCAACUCCUCGAGUCGCCCAUUCCGUCUUUCGAGGAGCCCUCGCGCCACCGCCGACAAGAGUCCUCCCCGACCUCCUCCUCUACCGAAUCAGGCCCCAUCAGCCUACACCCCCUUGCUCAGCUUUCUCCCCUCAAGAAGAGUGUUCUUCUAUCCAUCUUUGCUCUGGCAGACUUUAUAGAUGUCGGCAAUGUGUCGGGAGUUGCCGUUGCUGUGUCGGACAUCACGAAGGAUAUUGGUAUUCAGUCAUCUCAAGGCGUUUGGAUUAUUACAUCGUAUAGCAUCUGCUUCUCAGCAUUUCUCCUCUUCUCUGGUCGGCUGGCCGACUUGUUCCCUGCCGGGAUAGUCUUCGAGGGAGGAUUUGCGCUGUUGGGCAUCCUGAGCUUGGCCACGUCGUUCGUCACGGGUAACAAGUAUGGCUUCUUGAUUUUGAGGGGGCUGGCUGGUGUUGCAGGCUCGUUAUCUAUACCAUCGGCGUAUCACCUAGUUAUUCACAUGUACCCCGAACCUAAACAACAAGCCUCCAAGCUAGCUCUUCUAGGCCUCGCAGCCGGCCUCGGCAACGUCUUUGGCCUGGUACUAGCCGGUCUGUGUAUGGAAGCCUCGUACAAAUGGUUCUUCCGCCUCAUCGCCAUCCUCUGCCUCGCUUCCACCGCUAUCGCCCUCUGGCUCCUCCCAUUCUCACUCUCGUCAACGUAUUCAACCGAGGCGAGGGAGGAAGGGCAGAAGAAGGUGCCGAGGUGGAGGCUGAUGGACGUACCCGGGGUGUUGCUGAUGAUGGGGUUCUUGAUUUGUUUCAUUUUGUCUCUUACGCAGGGGCCGAUAGAUGGAUGGGGAGCCGUGAGCUUUAUCGUACCGUUCGUGAUUUGCUGGCCGUGCGUCGUCGGCUUCUUCGUCUGGGAGGCUAGAAUCUCUCCCAAAACAGCCAUCCUGCCCAGUUCUGUUUGGAAGAUUACAAACUCCGUCGUCGCCUCUCUGGCCGUACUGAUCCCUAUGGGAUUCUGGGGAACUUCUCAGCUCUUGUACGCCAAUUAUUGGCAAGACGCGUUUCACUGGAAACCUUUGCAUGUUGCGGUUUGUAUGCUGCCUCAGGGUGUUGUGACUUUGAUUGUCGGAGGCGUGGUGCAGUUCUUCCCUUCGAUGAUUGACAAGCCGCGGAGGUUUAUCCCCAUUGGAUCUGUCCUCAUUGUCAUCGCCGAAGUCCUCCAAAUCAAGUCCACCGGUGGCCCCGGGACAGACUACUGGCGUUUCGUCUUCCCCGCCUUUGUGCUCGGUAGUGCUGGAGGGAUGAUGGUGAUCUUUGCGAGUCAGAUCAAUUUGGUGCAAAUGUGCCCACCGGAGAUGGCGGGCGUGGCAGGGGCUUGGGUUUCGGUCCUUUUUCAAGUGGGUGGUGCUUUAACUAUGGCAGUCAUGUCCGGCCUCGAAUCUUCCCACCCGACUUUUUUCAUGGAAGCAGGUGGCAAAGUGUACUACUUCAUCAUCGGAUAUACCAUCCUCCUCGCUGGGAUCUAUCUGGCGUUCUACAGGACUCCAAAGCCUUUGGGUGAAGAGCAUGAGGCGGCCAGGAAGAGGAUCAUGAAUGAUGUUGGGAAGAUGGGGGUUGGAGGUGUAAACAGUCAGAGGAUCAGUGAAGAGAAGGUUUGA